AUGUCAUACCUAGCCGCCGCUCAAUCGGCUCUUUUCUACGUCCUCGCAUGCACGCCAUGUAACCAGCUGCACACCGAACGCAAGACGCGUCGGCAGGCGAAGAGGGAGAGGCGGGUGAAGGAGCGCAUCGUGUUGGAGCAACCACACUUAUACCGACACCCCGACCCCUUUCACACGAACCCAUAUUGGGAGGAGGAGAUUCGGAUGGGCCCGAGUUUGCCCAAGAAACGAAAGGGCAGCGAUGGCCUCAGCAAAACACUCAGCCAGCGCCGACUAACCGCAGUGAGCCAGGACGGCCGCCCGAGUAUUGGCGCAGGGAGUAGUGUUGUGGUCAGCAUGUUGGACAUGAACUCGAUCGCUAGUCCGCGACCGUCGACUAGCCCGGCCAAUGUUACCCACCUAGGGAGUACUCCAACCGUGGUGCCAGAAGAGGACAUGUUGAGCCCAACCCUCAGCAAGACCGUUUCUGUAUCAACUAGCGCGGACUGGAAUUUCAAGCGGUAUCAGAGGGAAGACGAAGAGUUAUGGGGCCACGAGCCGUCGUGGUCGGGGCACAAACUGAUGGACGCGAUCAAGCAGGCGGGGUCUUCAGCCGGGCGGUACAUGGAGUCGAAGUUGGGACUAGAGAAACAGGUGACGGAGGAAGACCGACACAACUUCUACUACGCGCCGCGAAACCCGCCCGUCAACGAGUACCACCCGCCCGUCGUCAGCAGCAAACCAGCGCACAAGGAUGCGCUCCGCUGGAUGCUUCAACCACCACCCCCAGCUAAAGUCAUGGAGGGCAAAGUGCCCGUCACGAGAAGCGCGAGCAUGAUGAGCGGGGCGUCAAGGAGGACAGUAUCGACCCGGAACAACGAUUCGCUAGGCAGAUUAGUGGGAGAGCGCGCGGUUGAGGCGAGGAUCCGGCGUGGGGAAACGCCACUGAACGACGAGCUGCGGUCAAAUCCGUCGUUGCGCAAGACGCGGUCCCACAUCUCAGUCGUGGCCCGCGCCCGGAGCGAGCGGCGCGCAGCGAGAGCUAGCAGCCCUUCUACGGACUCAGAGGACGAGGAGCUAGAAGAGUCGAGCCGCAGGUGGCGGCAUCAGCAACAGCAACAACAACGACUCAGCACCGCCCACCGCCGACAACAACCCGAUGCCGCAGACUCUGACACCGAGGACGAGGGCGUGUACGUGUCGUCGACCAGGAUCCCCGAAUUGACGAACAGCACAUCGCUGUCAUUGACGAGCCAUGCCGCACAAAGGCCCCGGCUACCUACCAUUCUCAGCUCGGGACACGAUAAUGUGGGUUCCUCGGGGGCUGAUAAUGACGAGCCAUCGACGACAACGGCACACGCGUUACGCGAAAUCACGAAUCCCCCGAGUUCACAGACCCUUAUGACGAAGCCGCCAGCGCUAGCGCCAAAGGCGCAACCGGUAUCUGUCGAGACGAGGACGGCUGCUCCCGCGUGA